UCCUUCGAUCUUCGUUCGCAGGCAAGGCGGGCACACCGAGCUCGCUGACCGUAUGACAGAGCUGGUUUACGAAGCGACCGACCGCAUGAUCUACUUCCUGACUGGCGAGAAGCCCGACCACGUCUCCGGCCGCCAUUACAUCGUGCCCCGCGCUCACGAUACGCAUGAGAUGACCGACGUCGCGAAGGCAGCUAGGGGGAAAUUACAGCUGCUCCCCAAUCAUCUAUUCGAAGAAUUGGUAAUGGAUAUCUACGACGAAAUUGAUCGACGAGAGACUGAAGCGAUAUGGCAGACAAGCGCGCCGGGUUUGGAGCGCUGCGGCGUGGUAUUCUUACCAGUGAAUCCCGCGCUGUCGGCGCCACGCAACCAGGGCCGCCAGAAACUCGCGCGCCUCUCCGCCGCAGAAAUGGCUGCGUUACUGCGCGACGUGCUGGUUGACGCCACGCGCCGUCAACACAUCGCCACGCUGCAGCCACGAGUUGGUCGUCUGAUAAAAAAGUCCACACCUAAAAUUGUAAUGGGAUCGAUGGCGUUCCACAUUAUUCGCGAGCGCAAGGUUGCAUUGCGCAAGCGUUACACGUGUCGCUCCGAGGCGCGCGCGCCGACCUCUGCCGAACACUUCCGAUUCGCAUGCACAACGAGACGGGCAGAAGUUUUGAUAGAAGUGCGAGGCAGGUAG